AUGGGUGCGGCCGCGGCCUCGGCACAUGGCGGUCAGCACAUGCGGAGGACAUGGGACCGGAGCGACCCGGCUGGUCACCACGUCGCGACGUCUGCGGCUCCGAUGCGAGACGGUCAGGAACCCCGAGGACAUCAGGCUCGCAGCCAGCCCACCGCGUACCGCGUGGAGACGUCUGCAGCUGCGAUGAGUCUGCGUAAAAGCCCCCUGGGCACAUCUAACGAAAUCCUGCACAUGCGAGACGGUCAGGAUCGCCGAGGACACUAUGCCCGGCGCGAACCAGCUGUGUAUCAUGUCCAGACGCCUGUGGAGGUGCCCACAAAUGGCUUGCGCCGCGAGGUCGACGAGGCCGCGGCAAGUGUUGACGGCGUGUACGAGCGUGGCUCGCUGGGGCGAAUCUUGAAGAACGGCGGCCGGUCCGCGAAGAUUCAGGCCCACCGGGGUGUUGGGGGUGCCCAGACGCUGCCAGGGCAGAUAGCAGUAGCGAUCUGCGCAACAAUAGCGGCGUUCGGCGGGGUUGCAGGCCGGCAGGAGGAUUACAAGCUUAACUGUACACCCGAGAAGGUGGAACAGAUCCCCGCUCUCCAGGAACGCGUCGCAGAACGCGUCUAUGACCUUAUGUCCCACGGCGGCCUCUACAUCAAGAUAGAGUUCGGGCACGCACCUGCGGGACCCGACAGGGUGUUCGAAGAGUUCGAAGAAGAGGCGGCCGCGAGCGCAAGUAUCGCGCAAGUGCACCACGCGAAGCUGAAGACCGCGGACGGCUCGGAUCAGUGGGUCACCAUCAAGGUCCAGAAGACAAACAUCGGGAAGCAAGUCGAAUGGGAUCUCAGGGCAUUCCGUGCCGUUAUGUGGGUGUACGGGAAUUACCUGUUUGACCUCCCCGUCUAUCGCGCCAUUGACCACAUCUACAUCCCGCGCGUCUUCCCCGAGCUCUCCACCAAGAAGAUCAUGACCGCCGAGUGGAUUGACGGCGUCCGGCUCAGCGAUAAGCGUGGCAUCGCGCACCUCAUGGGCGACGACCGCGCCUCCGCCUCCAGCACCGACCCGCUUGCCGUCGACCGCUUCCUGCCGCUGCGCGGGGGCGCGAAGUGGGUGAUGCAGACGAUGGUCGACCUCUUCAGCGCACAGAUCUUCGACUGGGGCUGGGUGCACUGCGACCCGCACCCGGGGAACGUGAUAGUACGCCCCCACUCAGACCCGCGCUGUGCCGCGCGUGGAGCGGCACAACUCGUUCUGCUCGACCACGGGCUGUAUGUACACCUCCCGCGCGAGUUCCAGCAGCAGUACGCACGUCUGUGGAAGGCACUUCUCACGGUCGACUUUGCGGCCGUGAGCGCGGUUGCGGGCGAGUGGGGCAUCGGUGCGCCGGACCUGUUCGCGAGCGCGACGCUCAUGCAGCCCAUACGGUUUGCGGAGCAGGCGCUGUUGCCGGACUUCGAGCGGAUGAACGACCACAAGCGCGGGGUCGCGAUGAAGGCAAAGCUGAAGAGCUUCCUAACGGAUACGGACCGCAUGCCCAAACAACUCAUCUUUGUCGGCCGGAACAAGCGGGGAGUACGCUGUAGCACUUCUUUGCGCCCUUCGCUUAUCGUCAUCCUCGACAGGAUCGUACAAGGUAACGACCAGAUGUUCGGCUCGCCCGUAAACCGGAUCCGCAUCACAGGCUACUGGGCCUCUCGCUCGCUGGCGACCUCACCUAGCCUGGGUUUCGCAGAGCGUGCGUGCGAGCUCGGCCGCCACAUCGUGUUCCUCACGAUCAUGUUCUCUAUCGACACCGUAUUCUGGGCGACGCGGGUGCGCCAGUGGCUUGCGGCGCGGUUUGGUCGCCUGCACGGAGCCGGCAAUGGGUUUGAGGACGAGCUCGAGCGCACGAUGCGCGACUUUGCGGAGUCCAACUUCGGCAUUGACAUCCCGGAGAACGUGUUCGACAGCUGA